UUCUUUCUGUCCACAGGGGGCGACACUGCAGCCCCUGGAGCUGAACGGGUCAGGCUGAAAACGGUGCUAUAUCAUUAAUUUACUGGCUUUGUAGAAAAAUGAAGAAAAUGAUGAUGGAGACUUGGAGUGUAUGGUAUGUAUUGCUGAUCAGCUUGUUUCUGCCAAACUGCUCUGCCCACAAUGACUUCUAUACUUCUAUUGGCCAAAUGACAGAUCUGCUGUUUAUGGAGAAGGACCUGGUUAAAUCUCUGAAAGACUAUAUCAAAGCAGAAGAGAGCAAGCUAGAGCAGGUCAAACGUUGGGCUGAGAAAAUGGAGACACUAACAGCCACGGCUACAUAUGACCCUGAAGGUUUCCUUGGUCACCCAGUCAAUGCUUUCAAACUGAUGAAAAGGCUGAACACAGAGUGGGGUGAAGUAGAAGACCUGGUGCUUAGAGACAUGUCUGAUGGAUUUAUUUCCAACCUAACCAUCCACCGGCAAUACUUCCCGAGCGAUGAAGAUCAGGCAGGAGCAGCCAAAGCUCUGCUCCGACUUCAGGACACCUAUAAGCUAGAAACGCAUGCCAUCUCCACUGGAGAUCUCCCUGGUUUGUCUGCAGAUUUGCCAUAUAAGAGCACUCUGACAGUGGAGGACUGUUUUGAAUUGGGGAAGAUUGCAUACUCAGAAGCAGAUUACUAUCACACAGAGUUGUGGAUGACGCAGGCUCUGAGACAGUUGGAUGAGGGUGAGGAGUCAAACAUUGAUGCUGUGACUGUCCUGGACUACCUAAGUUACUCUGUAUACCAGCAGGGGGAGCUAGAGAGAGCCCUGGAGCAUACCAAAAGACUGUUGACGCUAGAUCCUGCUCAUCAGAGAGCCAAUGGCAACCUAAAAUACUUUGAAUACCAGCUGGCCAAGCAGAGAAAAGCAGAGAGGGAGCAGAAAGGAACAGAGGAGGAGAAAAAGGAGCGAGAGAACAGAGAGGUGGACAGGAAGGAUUUCCUUACAGAAAAGAAGAAAUAUGAGCAGCUUUGCAGAGGUGAAGGAAUCAGGCUGACCCCACGCAAACAGAGCCGGCUGUUUUGCCGUUUCUACGACAACAACAGGCACCCAUACUAUGUGCUGGGCCCUGUAAAACAGGAGGAUGAGUGGGACCAGCCACGCAUUGUACGUUUCCACAGCAUCAUCAGUGAAAGAGAGAUGGAAAAAGUAAAGGAACUAGCCAAGCCCAGGCUCAGGCGUGCCACUGUGCAUGACCCUCAAACGGGGCAACUCACCACAGCCCAAUACAGAGUCUCCAAGAGCGCCUGGCUAGCAGCCUAUGAGCACCCAGUGGUGGACCGCAUUAAUCAGAGAAUUCAGGAUAUUACAGGUUUGGAUGUCAGAACAGCAGAGGAGCUACAGGUGGCUAAUUAUGGUGUAGGAGGACAGUAUGAGCCGCACUUUGACUUUGGACGGAAAGACGAGCCAGAUGCCUUUAAGGAGCUGGGUACAGGGAACCGCAUUGCCACCUGGCUCUUCUAUAUGAGUGAUGUGGCAGCAGGGGGUGCCACAGUCUUCCCAGAAGUUGGAGCAGCAGUAAAGCCAAUAAAGGGUACAGCAGUGUUUUGGUAUAAUUUGUUCCCAAGUGGAGAGGGAGAUUACAGCACAAGGCAUGCCGCUUGCCCAGUACUUAUUGGCAAUAAGUGGGUUUCAAACAAGUGGAUCCAUGAAAGAGGUCAGGAGUUCAGAAGACCCUGUAGCCUUCAUAAGACAGACUGAUGAGAAUCUUCCUCAUCCUGCUUGUGUCCACUCUGUGGUUUAAAGACCUAUGAGAUACUCCUAAUUGAAUCCCCAGUCCCACCCACAUUUGCCUUUGUCAACCUAGGUCUGUCAUGUUUUAUGUUUUAUUUAAAUGUGUGUCUGCCAGCAGAUGCCAUUGGUGCCUUUUAUCAUUGCUCAAAAUAGCUGCAGAGAAGAACUGUCACUUAUGACACUCCAUCUUUCCAGAUCUUAAUAUAGCUGAGGUACUCUAGGGAAAAUCUCAAACUUCAGGACAGCAUCCACAUGGUACCAGAUUUUAUUGAGCUCACAAAAAUAAGACAUUUCAAACGUAAACCUAUUUCAUCUCAACAUUUCUUGUGUAAAAAGACUACUCUGGAGUCCUGAAGUUGGAUUAUAGCUACAAGUGUGAUAAAUUCUUUUAGCUGAGGCAAUGGAGUACUUUGCAAUACCUUUCUCUCUGUGCGUGCGCGCAUACGCACAUGUUUGUGUGUGUCUGUCUCUCUCACUCACACACGCACCAGUCUGAUGCCAGGGCAUUGUAUAAGGCUUCACUUGCACUGAGGUCAUUCACACAGGGGCAAACAGAUUGUCAUGUUUAAAAUCAAAGGUACACUGUAUAUUUGAGGUCUCUUUCCUCAAGUGAAACCAGGAUUUAAAAAAGAAUAAAGUGCCCAAGAAAUACUCGUUAUAUAAAUCUUUUGUUGCAAACAGCGUAUGAAAUGCACUAAAACUAGUUUUCUUGUACUAUUGACCAUUACAGUGGCUCACACCAGGGUUUGCUAGCAGAGAAGGAAAGGAUGUAUUAGCAUUUUGUCAUCUCAAAAUCUUUCUCUUUGUACUAAUGGUGAGACUGUAACAUGACUCCAGUUACAUUCUCUUACUCCUGUUAUCUGAUAAAGAAAUGAAAGCCUCUAUUUAUGCAUCAUUUCACAUUUUUUCACUCCAGUGAUAUAAGAUUUGUGGUCAAAUGCUGUAUCAGUGUGUGAACGUUGUUUACUACAGUACAAAAAUAAAGAAUUUGCUGAUCUGUUUGUUUA